AUGCUCUCCGGUCCAGGCAGCAAAGUCGCAGGCGGCGACGCCAGCGACUACGGCGGCGACGGCGAGGGCGACGGCGUCGGAGAGGACGCGGACUUGAAAGAAAAAGACGUCGAGGCGCCUAUCCGCGUGCGACGCGUGGAUUUCAACGCGGACAGCGAGAACCACUACAUAAUCGUGAUCCACGGCACGUUCGACGCGCCGCCUGCGGACGGCGCGCCGACGUGGUACCAACCGCCGCCUCCUGGCGAGCAGAACUUCUGCCGGAAGCUGAGCCGGCUGCUCGCGCUGGGACCCAUCGGCGAGAACGCAAUCUGGCGCGACCUGCCGUGCUCCGCACUCCCGGGAAUCCCGUACCCGUUUCACUGGGACGGCACCAACACGCACGCCGGCCGCGUAACGGCCGCGAUGAAG